AUGUCCGCCGCCGCGCCCGCCAACGCCGCCGCCGCCGCCGACGCCGCUGCCCCUGCUGCCCCCAAGGGCACCAAGGGCCCCGCCACUGCCCCCCCGCCGCCCCCCCAGUCCGUCGGCUCUUCGGACGAGGAGGACGAGGACGACCGCGCCGUGGUUCGUUCUGUCCCGUGCUGCCGCUGCCUUUGGGCUAUGUCCGUCUGGCACGCGGACAUGGCCGACGCCGAGGCCAAGUUUCCCUGCUGCCUUGAGACCACUACCGCUAGUAAUAAGUGCUCUUGGUGCGCUGAGAUGCGCGGCAAGGAGUGCGCCACUUGCGCUAUGACCUCUGCUGCCCUUGCCCUUAAGAACGUCUUUAAGGCCCUCUGCCACGAUGGCACUGUGUGUGCUAACUACCGCUACUGUAAGGCUAAGGCCGAGGAGGAGGAGUGGCUCCUCUGCAGCCGCAAGGUUGCAGCCCUCAAGGCCUCUGCCGCCGCCGCCACCUCCCUAGCCAAGUCGGCCAAGUCUGGGGGCGACGCGGCCUCUGUCGCGCCUAGCGGAGGCGAGGACGAGGAGGAGGAGUAG